UAUUAUUCCGCAUGGAAAGCAAACUGAAUCCCUGGGAAGAGAACCAGCAAAUGCUUCAGACCACCAACAGACCUGUACACAAGAUAUCCAUGCUGUGCUGAGAGAGAUGAGCGCCUCGUUGGCUGAACAGAGGGUGGAGAUGAGGCACUUACAGAGAGAGAAUGAAGCACAAGCAAGUAAACUGAGAGAACUGGAGUUACAGAAGACUGAGGUGGAGAGGCAGAAGACUGAGGUGGAGAGGCAGAAGACUGAGCUGGAAAAGCUAAAGCAACAACUUCAAGCACAAUCAGCAGUGCUGAUCACCAUGAAAGAAAGAUCAAACAUCACAGAAAACCAGGUAGAGGCCCUAAAGAGAGACGGAGAAGUCAAACAGGUAGCUUUCUCAGCCUCUCUGUUGGCUUCAGGUGAAGGAACUGUUGGACCAUUUAACACACACACUCCUCUGGUCUUCAGACACAUUGUCACAAACACUGGAAAUGCCUACAACCCAAACACAGGUUUCUUCAUUGCACCAGUGAGAGGAGCCUACCACUUUGAGUUCUACAUAGGUGCACAUGGACAUGCCUCACAUCCUUCAGGUGCUGUGUUGGUGAAGAACGGACAGCAUGUUUUUAUUGCAUAUGAGCAUCAGCCAUCCCAUUAUGGAACUUCUGCUAAUGGCGUCACGCUGCUUCUAGAGGUCGGAGAUGUUGUGUUUUUACGUCUGUGGGUUAACACAAGAAUAUUUGACAAUGGAAAUCACCAUAGCACCUUCAGUGGACAUCUGCUUUUCACCAUGUGAGAGGGAAACAAUCUUUCUGUUUCUUUAGCUAUAUGAUAGCCUUUCACACACUGCAGCAGUGUAUAAGUGUGUGUUGAUAAAAGUGUCUUUUUCCUUUAUAUGAAGCUGAUUGACACUGGGACAU